ACGCCUUUUGUUCCUCCAAAAAAAACCUAAUCCAAGUACUAGUUAGUAUAAUUUUGUCUUCUUCACAUUUGUAAAUUAGGUAGUAAUAAUACGGUUUUGAUCCAAGCUUAAAAAAUUUUGGGGGUACUUGGCGUGAAUUAUCAAGGUAAUCGGAGGAGGCGGAGCAUGGAGGAGGUGGAGGCGGCGAAGCAGAGAUGUCGAGUAUUGAUAGAGAAAAUAGAAUCUUUGGGCAUCACCCUCAAUUUCAAUUCCAAUUGCAAGCACACCCUCUCGAAGUUGGCCCAUUCCGAGCUCUCUUUCCUCUCUCGCUUUCCCAAUCCAACCUCUUCUCACUCUCUCAGUGUCAACAUUGGGCACCUGGAAGCCAUUGUUUACAUUCUUCAACAACCUUUUAUAACUGCAGUUUCCCGUGUUUGCAAGCCACUUCCCCUUCCAUUUUCAAAUAAAAAUAAAACCCAAUUUUCUUCCAAUCUCAUCCAUGUCCAUAUUGUAUGUACUCUCAACAAAAACCCAGUUUGGAUUAUUGUUUCUGAUAGAAACCCAAACUACAUUUCUUGGCAUCCAAGUAAAAAAACCAAGGGUUUUAAGUCUAGAAUCCAACAAGUCCUUGAUGCAGCACGGUCAACCAAAACCUUACGACCUUUCUCUAUUGUCCUUUUCUUUUCAAAUGGACUCACCAACUCUAUCCAUCAGAAGCUUAUGGACGAAUUUGGGGCCUCCAAGCUAGCACUGGACUUGUCUGACUCUUAUUUUGAUUCCACUGAGGAAAUUGAUGGCGAAUGGGUUAAUGUAAUUUCAAGGUCGUAUAAGGAGACAUGUCUUCUUGAAAUUAAGGUUGAUUGCGUUGUGAAUGAUGUCAUGAGUUUUGAACAUGGGACGAAAGAUUUGUUUACAAAUGUUUUUACCCCUGAGCAUCAAGGAGGGAAUGUGAAUCUAAAAUUAGGCUUAGGCCAUUCUUUUUCUGCUCUUCUUUCACGAAUGAAAAAGGUGGAAUCUACUAAGGCGGUGGAUUUUUCUGAUGAGAAUGAUUUUAUAAACUUUGAUACAACAGCUUUGAUAGCUGUUGUGUCAGGAAUCAGCAAUGGUUGUGCAGAGGAACUUUUGAAUAAACCACAGGUUGAACUGCAACAUCGGUUCAAGGGAAAUUAUGAGUUUGUGAUUGCCCAGGCAAUGUCUGAAAUUCUGAACCCAAUACAUGCCGACCUGAGUGCUGCUGUAUCCAGAAAGAUAGGCAUAAUAUGUGAAAGUGUUCUUUCCGAGUUCAAGGAGCUAAUAUUGAUGUGUGGAGGAGCUAAUGAGAAGCACAGAGCUGAUCAGCUACUGAAAUACCUCCUGGUUGUGCGAGAUAGCCCCUCUGAACGACUGAUAGGCCUGCCAACGACAAGAAAGCUGGCACUGAAAAACAAGAUUGUGUUUGGAACUGGAGAUUACUGGCAUGCUCCGACUUUGACUGCAAAUAUGGCAUUUGUGAGAGCAAUUGCACAGACUGGGAUGUCUUUAUUUACUAUUGAGCAUCGACCACGGGCUUUAACUGGUAACUAGCCAUUCUAACCAGUGAGACGUGCUGUUAAGAGAAAUCCAUUUUUGGUUAAAGUGUUCAAGGGCUAUGUGUGCACUUGUUACCUCUAUCUUGUGUACAGUUGAGUAAACUCACAUUUUCACUAACGGUUAGCUGUUCCAAUUAAUGAAAUGCAUAUUUAGAGAACAUUUUAAAGGAAGAUAACCCCUGAUUGCCCAUCAGAUAGAGACAGAUUUUGCAAUAAUAAUUCAUUGAGCACACUUAGUUACAAACUUGCCCAUUACUUUGCAUAUUUCAGAUAUCAGGCAAAACAUGUUGGCUAGCAAGCUUAUGAGUCAUGAUGGUGAUCCAUGAUUUCUCACACGUAAUCAACUCUUCUAGAUGUGUUUGUGACCUGUCAGACAUCUCUCUUGUUAGAGUAACAAGUUUGAGUCGGUUACAUGUUAAUAAUUAAUUUGAUAA